UGCGCCUAUAUCUCUUAUACUAUGGGUAGCCAUGUUGGUGCAUAUGCAGCAUCACGGUCCAGGAUACUUCAUACAGAAGUGACCAGGGGCGGACUGACAACUCAUGGGGCCCCUGGGCAAUAGGGGAUCAUGGGGCCCCUGUGUCCUUGGCCAAAUUAAAAAAAAGCCUAAAAAAAGGUACCAGGGGCAUCUCAUGGGGCCCCCUACUGACCCCGGGCCCUCGGGCAGUGCCCGAGUUUCCAAAUGAUCAGUCCGCCCCUGGAAGU